AUGAGUAGCAAGAGAUCGCUCAAGAGAGUAUUGGAUCUAGGCGAUGAUGAUGAAGAAAAAGAUAAGUUUUACAAGCUCAAGGUUCUGUUACCAAACAGCACAAAUGUGACACUCGAACUCACUAACACAGAAUCCGAAAUGUCAAUGAAGAAUUUCGUUAACCAGGUGAAAGAAGUGUCUGAAAAAACUAGGAAAAAUUGUGUCUUGUCUGGUAAGAAGAGGAAACAGGUUGAUUGGGAGAGGGCUGCUAAGUCUUUUCUCGAGUUUAACGGUGAAAAGAUUAAAGGAACCGUUCGAUUUGAGAUGUUUAAGCCUGACUGGUGUAAUAUACUACGUCUUGAUGAUGGGUCUGGUUCUGGAGAAGCUUCCAUUAUGUAUGAGAAUAUGUGGGACUUAACACCCGACACUGAUCUGCUUAAAGAACUACCUCAAAAUUAUAGCUUCGACACAGCUCUUGCGGAUCUUAUUGAUAAUUCAUUGCAAGCUGUGUGGUCUUGCUCCACGGGAGAACGAAGACUGAUUAGCGUGGAUGUUCUCGCAGAUCGUAUUUCAGUCUUUGAUUCUGGUCCUGGAAUGGACAGUAGCGAGGAAAACUCUAUUGCUAAAUGGGGGAAAAUAGGGGCGUCCAUACAUAGAUCUCAUAAAUCCAAAGCUAUUGGAGGGAAACCUCCAUAUCUUAUGCCUUUCUUUGGGAUGUUUGGAUAUGGAGGUGCUUAUGCUUGUAUGCAUUUGGGAAGGCGUACUUUGGUGUCUUCAAAGACUAAACAGUCAAAGAAAGUAUUCACCUUGCAACUCAAUAAAGAAAAUUUGAUUGGCAAUCGUUCUAACUCAGGAAAAAACUGGAAGGUGGAUGGUGGAAUGAGGGAUCCUUUAGAUGACGAAAUUACGUUAUCUCCUCAUGGAAGCUUCACAAAGGUUGAGAUAUUUGAACCCAAAGGUAGAAUCCCAGAAAUAGAUCAACUUCGGUGCAAACUUAAGGAUAUUUAUUUUCCUUACAUCCAGUGUGAUGAAAUCUCCAAAACGGGGAAGACUUUAACGCCUGUAGAGUUUCGGGUCAAUGGAAAAGAUUUAGCUGGGGUAAUUGGUGGAGAGGUUGCCACCACCAACCUAAACUCCUCCAAGGGUGAUGAAUUUUGGUUUCAGAUUCGAUUUGUUGACAAAAGAAAAGGGAGUACAUCACAAGAGGCAAACGCUCGACUCAAGUUUCUUUAUUUUCCAAUCAUCAACGGUAAGGAGAGCAUUAAUACAAUUUUGGAAACCUUAGAGAAGGAUGGGAACAAAGUUUCUCAAAGCUUUGAAACGUUUGGUCGUGUUUCUGUACGAAGGCUCGGUCGUUUACUCCCAGAAGUCCCUUGGAAAUCAAUUCCGUUUAUGGAAAGAGGAGCCAGAGCCUCGACCUUACAGAAAUGUUGCCAAAGGGUGAAAUGCUUUGUUGAUUUGGAUGCGGGGUUUAGCCCAUCGCCUUCAAAAACUGACCUUGCAAGCCAAAACCUAUUCACUCUGGUUCUGAAAAAUUUUGGUAGUAAAUUGAAAGAGAAGGAUACAGAUGUCAGUAUCGUGAUUCAUAAAGGAGGAAAAUGCAUGAAUUACGUGCAACUGGAACAGAGUUUUCAGGCUUGGGUUCUUGAUAUGCAUAAGUCUUAUGAUGAAGAACAUGCAUCAGGUGAAGAUGACGCAAUUGUUAUAUGUGAUUCUUUGGAUAACAAAGCUCUUGGCAUUUCGCUUGAUUGUAAAGCUGUGAGGGUGCACAAUGUAAUGAAGAGAAAAGGGAUGUCAUGGGAACGUGGACAGAAGAUCAAGAUUCUCAAAGGAGCAUGUACAGGAGCUCACAAGAACGAUGUCUAUGCGACUAUUGACUAUUUCCUUAUAGAAAAUUUCGAGGACGAAACUGGCGGUGAUGCCCGGAUUAUAUGCAGGCAAAUCAAUUUCUCUGAGUCUGAGGGAUGCGAGCUUUCAAUCAUUAAAGGAAUUUCAAGACUGGAAAUUAGAAAGUCUUCAUCUUUCCCAAUCAGUAUUAUAGACUCUGGAAAUUGUGUACAUCUGGAUGAAACCGAAUGGAAUAAAAAACUCGAAAGGCAAAAGGAAAAAGAUCCAUCCAGAAUCGAUUUGCUAGACGACAGAGAUUGCUCUGCAUUGAACCUUAAUGGGGAGUCAACACUUGCUGAUACAAUGUGUGCCGGACAAACUCCUCCGCAACAGAUUGUUGCAGUUGUUAGACCUGGUUGCUUCACAUCUUCAAAGAUGUCGAAAAAGUUGGAUCAGAAGCAAAUUGUGAAGAUGGAUGGAGAGAUGGUCGUGGAAGUGGAAUAUAUACAAGACUGCAAUAUGAAAUCAAAGGAAAAGAAUGCAGAACCUUUGUAUACGGAUUGUUCUUUUCCUACAUCACGUGGAGGGUUUCAUGGUCUUUACAUAUUUCCACUUGAGUCCAAGUUCCCAACCAUGUUCAAGAAAGCUGGGACUUACAAUUUUUCAUUCUCUGUUGGAAAUUCAAUUACUUGUAAGAAAAAGGUGGUUGUCAAAUCAUCUUCGAAGGUGGGAAGUUGGAAACUUGCUAGUAACCAGGAGACCAUUAAUGUCCGUGUGGGAUCGUCUCUUCCUCCUUGCUCUAUCGCUUGCUUGGAUGAGUAUGAGAAUCAUAUACCAUUCACUUGUGUUCCAAGUCUGGAAGUUAAACUAAAAGCCAGCCAGGGAUUCGAAGUCCCCAUUGAAAAGAUUGACGCCAGCCUGAUUGACCGUGGAAUUCUCAAAGUCAAGAAUAUGCUCGUGGAGACUGAUGGUUUAGAUCAGAUCAGACCAGAUUAUAAAGCAACCUUAGAGAUAUGCUCAAAGGACGAACCAUUUUCUGUCUCGGUUGCUUGUAAAGUUAAUCCUGGGCCUCUGAAGCGUGUUGUCGAGAAUAAUUCACAGGCUUUGGAAAAUUUGCUUCCAGGUUCUACUGUUGAAGAUUAUAUCUUGCAGAUGUUAGAUGGAUAUAAUAACCAUGUUGCAGAAGGUACCAAUGUUAAGAUUUGUAUUGAUGGCUAUUCUAUCCAAGACUCGAACUCGAUGGGCUUAAACCGAAAGGUUGAUAGUCAUGGCUGCAUUGAUCUGUCUGGAAUUCUCAAAGUCACAGCAGGCUAUGGAAAAUCUGUUUCACUCGCUGUUAUGUCUGGCAAAAAAGAGAUCUUCAAGAAAGAGUCUCUUAUUGAGAAAAGAGAGCUCGUGCUCUUAACAAAGCUGCCCGAGUACUGUACUGCUGGUUCAAAUCUUACAAACCUCAUUUUCAAAGUUACGGAAUCAGAUGGUUCUUUGGAUACAAGUAUUCAUGAUGACGAAAAAUCCGGAUGUUCCCACACAAUGAGCAUUGAAUCCGAGUCAAGCAGCGUUGAGAGUGGAGUCAGAUAUGCCUUUCUCCAUGGUACCUGCAAAAUUCCUUCUCUCUCUCUGCCUGAGACAGAGGGUGCCUUCUCCUUCAAGGUUUUCCAUUCUAGGUAUCCCGAGCUUCAUAUGAUCUUAAAGAUUCAGUUAACUUCUCCUCAAACAUUUGAAAUUGAUGAAGCUGGGUGUUCAACACCUUAUCCAAGGAUUUGCCUUACACCUCAAUCAAAGAUGGGUUCAACCACAAAUCCAUUGGUGACUCCAACUCAAGAGACUCCAAGCUCACAGUGUAGAGUUUUGGCCAUGAGGACAGUGUCAUCAUUGGCUCUCAGUAGCCAAACUAGCCCAAUGGAUAUGGAACAGUACACUGGGAUGCUAAAAGCAAAUCUCAGUAGUUACAUCGAACGCAGAGCGGAAACAUAUGAGCGUCUAAAAUGUUUGGAAGUUGAAAAAGAACAUGCUGAGCAAGAGUUGCGUACCUUGCAAGCUUCUCUGGAACAUCUCAGUGCUGCGUUCCCAGAAUGCUUAUCGACCAAAGAAAUAAUCAUGAAAAAGAUCGAAGAGAUGCAUCAAGACACUGCUGCAUCGGUUUUCUGUUCUUUGUACCGAAAUGCUCCGUCUCCGAGGUCUCUGUUUUUGUCGAAGAAAGGAGUGUUUGGCCUGGUCGUGACGCUUGCUACAGUUGACUCCACUUCCCUUAGCAGGGUAUUGUCUGAGUAUUUGGGAGAAGACACAAUGCUAGCUUUGGUAUGCAGAUCGUCACGAUUUGUACCUAAUAGUGCUGAGUAUCUCAGGCUUCAAACUGAAGCAGCUAGGCUCGGAAGAUCGAUAAGCAAUCGGUUUCUUGUUCUAUGUCUUGAUGCAAUCAGACCUUGGAUUGAUGGACUUGUGGAGAACGAUCCUCAGAGGAAAUUAGCCAUGGAUGAUCCAAAGCUGCCCGAUGGGGAACCUAUACCGGGUUUCAAAGGCUAUGCAGUGAAUUUGAUUGAUCUAGCUCCUGAGGACUUGCACAUAAAAACAUAUGCGGGUCACGGGCUUAGAGAGACUCUGUAUUAUGGUCUCUUUGGGAAUUUACAAGUUUACGAGACCCAAGCACAUGUUGUAGAAGCUCUUCCACACAUUCAUGGUGGUGGUGCAGUAUCUUUAGAUGGUUUUAUCGCAAAAGGAAACGGAUUUCUUUAUUCUGGGUGCAGCAAAACGGAAAUUCAUUUCCCGAUAACAGUAACGGAAAAUGAAGGAGAGAAGCUGAGACAACUAGAAGCAGCAAAAGACAGACUGAGAAUGGUGGAAGAGAAGAUACUGGAGGACAGGUUUUCUUUGUGUAAGUUAGAGAAGAAAUUGAAGGAGACUAAUGAAACAUUUGACAAUACAACAAAAAUUUCUUUUGAGGACUAACUCAGAGAAUAUCCGCCUUAAAGGGACUUACGAGCACAACGAUUAAACAUUGUGGCUUACUAGUUGGUAUUGCGAGUUCGGGUAAUCGGUUUGGUUUUUUGGGUUGUUUUUUGGUUCUCAAUGUUUUGUUUUCAUUGUUUUUUGUUUAAGGAUAUUUUGUUGUGAAUAUAAUCUGGAUAGUGGUCGGUUCAGUCUUGUAAGUUUCCAACUAAAUGGAUGAUAUCUAAA